ACCCCCCAAAAUGUGUGUCUGCUCUCAUUAAUCUUGUCACGCCACCAAUCAGGUAUGUUAUCAGAUCUGGCUCUUCCCAUCAUGCUCUUGUCUUAGAGUUGACUGCAUUUCAAGGAUCAGUAGAAUAGACUUGCAAAGUGAAAGGAGUUACAGAAGUUCAUUUCCAUUACAGGUCAGUGUAUGUGUGUUUAAAUGUGGUACCAGGACGUGUCCAGCCAGAAGUUCGACCUGAGUGAGGUUCCGGUGAGGCUGGUCAGUCUCGUCGCAUUCGGAUCACCUUAUCUCCCAUUUGGCAUAAGCUGCUGUUGACACAAUGAAUGAACUUGAGCUGUGGGUUACUGAUUAGAGCUGCCUUUAUGAGGUGCCUUAAAUAAGGCCAAGACCAAAGUCUCUUUUGGAAGCUCUCCAUCACUCAGUCGUCAACGAGUCUGUUGGAGCUCAGCUGAUCAACAUGGUGGCAGAUACCAAAUCGCCCGACACUUGCUGUUCAAAACUCAAGCUGUUCCUGGUGUCCCUGUCCUUCGUCUUCUUCGCCAAAGCCUUCCAGGGGAGUUACAUGAAGAGCUCUAUCACCCAGAUCGAGAGGCGUUUCGACAUCCCCAGCUCGGUGAUAGGCGUGAUUGACGGGAGCUUUGAGAUAGGUAAUCUGCUGGUUAUUGCAUUUGUCAGCUACUUUGGUGCUAAACUCCACCGACCACGGCUGAUCGCCAUCGGAUGUCUGAUUAUGGCCUUAGGGUCCUUUUUAACCGCUCUACCUCAUUUCUUCCAGGGCAGGUAUAAGUAUGAAACAACUAUUUCACAUUCUUUCGAGUCCAAUUCUACUGAGAACAUCCUCCCAUGCAUGGCCGGUCAGACUGGGGCAGAGGAUUCAGCAGAGACCAAAGCAGCAUGCGAGAGGGAGUCUGGCUCCCCCAUGUGGAUUUAUGUCUUCCUGGGUAAUAUGCUGCGUGGGAUCGGAGAGACGCCCAUCAUGCCCCUGGGAGUCUCCUACCUGGAUGACUUUGCCCGCGAGGAAAACGCGGCCUUUUACCUUUCUUGCGUGCAGACCAUCGGCAUCUUGGGACCUAUGUUUGGGUUCAUGCUGGGCUCUUUAUGUGCCACACUUUACGUUGACGUCGGCGCUGUGGAUUUAGAGACCGUGUCCAUCAAUCACAAGGACUCCCGCUGGGUGGGUGCCUGGUGGCUGGGUUUCCUGGUUACUGCGGCUGUCAUGCUUCUGGCUGGGAUCCCCUUCUGGUUCCUGCCCAGAUCCCUCCCCAAGCAGGGUGAAGGGAAGACCAAGGACAAGGCCAAGGAUGAGCAGAGUGCGGCCCAACAGGAGUGCUUUAUUGUAGAGGAGAAGAGCGAUACGGACCACGAGAAGCCAUGCCUGGUGCACCUGUCUGAACUGGCCAAAGACUUCCUGCCUUCUUUGAAGAGGCUCUUCAGCAAUAGCGUCUUCUGUCUGCUCUUGGUGGUGGCUGUGGUGCAAGUCAAUAGCUUCAUAGGGAUGAUCACCUUUAAACCCAAAUUCAUGGAGCAAGUUUAUGGUCAAGCACCCUCAAGGGCCAUUUUUAUGAUUGGCAUCAUGAAUCUACCUGCAGUGGCCUUGGGGAUGAUUACAGGCGGCUUUGUGAUGAAGAAAUUCAAGCUGAGCAUUUUGGGGGCAGCGAAGGUGGCCAUCUGCAGCUCGCUCUGCUCGUUCCUCACUUCCCUCUUGCAGUACUUCCUGCAGUGUGGCAAUGCACAAGUGGCUGGUCUAACAGUCUCCUACCAGGGACUGAAGAAUGUCUCCUACUACCAGGAGAACCUGCUGUCCCAGUGCAACCUGGGCUGCUCCUGUUCACUGAAGCACUGGGACCCUGUGUGCGGACCAAACGGCAUCACCUACGUCUCCCCCUGCCUGGCUGGCUGUCAGACCUCCACCAGAGUGGGCAAGGAAAUGGUGUUUCACAACUGCACUUGUGUGGGGGCUGAGUGGCCCCUCCCCACCGCAAAUACCUCAGUUGUCCUGGGACAGUGUCCGCGGCCCGCAGACUGUGACCACAUGUUCAAGUACUACAUGGCGGUGACUGUGCUGGGGGCCUUCCUGAUUGCCUGUGGAGCGACGCCCGGUUACAUGGUCUUUCUCAGGUCAGUUCCUCCAGAAUUGAAGGCGCUGGCCCUCGGCAUACACACCCUCAUCAUCCGAUCUCUUGGUGGAAUCCCGUCCCCCAUUUACUUCGGGGCAUUGAUUGACAGGACGUGCCUGAAAUGGGGCACCAAACGGUGCGGCGGGCGGGGGGCCUGCAGGCUCUACGACUCAGACGCGUUCAGGAUGACCUUCCUGGGCCUGAUCUACGGGCUGUACACCCUGUCCUACGUGCUCUCGGGCUUCAUGUACGUCAGGCUGUCCCGCAGGCAGAAGAAGCUCGCCCUUCGGGACCAGGCCAAAGCCAUGGAGAUGGAAGUCAACGGAUUGAGCCGGGAUGAUGGGGACACAGUUUCCAAGGGGACCACCUGCGAGGGGAGCAAGCAGGGUGUGGACGGCACAGAGAGCAGCACGUGAACCUUGGGCGUGUGGGAUCAGUGCUCUCUUCCACACCCAGAAUCUCCCAGUUUCUGUCCAGUUUCUCUCACUGCCACUGUGGUAAUAUAUCCAUGUUACAUUCUGACUUCUAUCGCAUUUUCAUGCUAUUUACGUUUAAUUUGAACAGUUCUGGAACAGUCUGGAAGGCUAAUAACACACGCGUUUGUGCUGUCACCCAGAUCGUCCUCAUACUGUCACCCUGUACCUUCCCCAGAUGUCAAAAAUCCAAAAUCUGUGUAGCUCACUGACAUUUAGGUCAGAUAGGAAUAGACAGAGCACAUAGUUGGAUGGGUUGCAUAAACUGCCAUCCGUCAAAACUCAUUCUAACUAAAUCCCUGAAUUCCUGUAAAGCCUAUGGAUUGAAACAAGCAUAUAUAUUAUCAAACAGCAUAAGAGUCCUAUAUGGAACAUCAGGUUUUCUCCACAUCUCUCUGUACAUAGGUUGGAUGCAUUAUGUAAGGUCAUCAUUCUAAUUAUUUUAUUUUGAUUUUCAUUUUUUUUUACUACAUGUCUCAGCCAGAAUGAGAGAAUAGGUCUAUGCUUGAAUGAAUGAAUGAAUGAAUGAAUGAAUGAAUGAAUUACCUUCAUAAUUCAUUCACAGAAUGUUCAGUGCACGUUCAUCAUGCAUUCAUAAAACAUUCAUAAGCGACAUGUAAUUUUAC